AUGGAGCAAAAUGAUACCGAUUCUACUGCUUUACAAAUCAAGCACAUUGACGUCGACAUUGUAUUUCACUAUGCUAGCUUGGAGGCUACAGCCAAUUGGGUGGUGGAACAUGAAAAUAAUCCAAACAUAAUGCCAUCAGUACUAGUCAACACCAAAGUUGAGGCUCCAAAACCUUCUCUCACAUUAGAGCAAUUGAAAGCCAAACAACAAGAGCUUAGGGAGAAAGCUCGCAAGAAGAAAUAA